AUGCAGUCCCAACAGUACCAACAGCAGCGUCGAAAAUUUGCAGUUGCCUUCUUGGCGUUCAUUUUCAUUUUGGCAGCUGUGGACACUGCAGAAGCGGGGAAGAAAGAGAAACCAGAAAAAAAAGUGAAGAAGUCUGACUGUGGAGAGUGGCAAUGGAGUGUGUGUGUGCCCACCAGUGGAGACUGUGGGCUCGGCACCCGAGAGGGCACUCGGACUGGAGCAGAGUGCAAACAAACCAUGAAGACCCAGAGAUGUAAGAUCCCCUGCAACUGGAAAAAGCAAUUUGGAGCGGAAUGCAAAUACCAGUUCCAGGCCUGGGGAGAAUGUGAUCUGAACACCGCUCUGAAGACCAGAACCGGAAGUCUGAAGCGAGCCCUCCACAAUGCUGAAUGCCAGAAGACAGUCACCAUCUCCAAGCCCUGUGGCAAACUGACCAAGCCCAAACCUCAAGCAGAAUCUAAGAAGAAGAAAAAGGAAGGCAAGAAACAGGAGAAGAUGCUGGAUUAAAAGAUGCCCCCUUCUGUGGGAUAUGAAAAGGAC